AUGGCCUCUUUACUCCGUUACCCCGAGCCUACGAAUGCAGACGGGCUUUCAUAUGCCCCUGGUAGUGAAGAGAGGAAACUCUUACAAGCCGCGCUGGCUGAACUGGAAAACACCACAGUCGAUGUUCCAAGCAUCAUCAAUGGUGAAAGAUUGUUCUCCGGCAAAAGACAACCACAGCCGAAUCCUUGGGACUAUAAGGGAUCCCCUCUGGCGCAAUUCCACGAAGUCGACGAAGAAACUAUCAAGAAUAAAGCUAUUCCGGGUGCGCUUGAGGCGCGGAAGAAAUGGGCCAACAUGCCGUUCCGGGACAGAGCUGCCAUCUACAAGAAGGCCGCUAGGCUGGUGGAAACAAAAUACAGAUGGAAGCUCAUGGCAGCUACCAUGAUAGGGCAGGGCAAGUCGUGUGGGCAAGCCGAGGGCGAUUGUAUUGCCGAGGUCAUUGAUACCUUGAACUUUCAUGUCUACUUUUGUCACCAACUCUAUCAGCAGCAGCCCCUCAAGCAAUCCGAUUCUGCAUACAACAGCCUGGACUACAGAGCACUCGAAGGUUUCAUUCUGGCCAUAUCCCCUUUUAACUUUACCGCUCUAGGUGGACAUAUCGCGUUCACACCUGCCAUCCUCGGCAAUGUGAUCUUAUGGAAGCCUUCACCCAUGGCAGUUUUGUCGAAUUACAUUAUGUAUCAAGUAAUGGAGGAAGCUGGGCUACCAAGCGGGGUAGUUCAGUUCUUGCCAGUGGCAGACCCAAAUGUUGUCGUCGAGCCCGCUCUCGCCAACUCUCACUUCUCUGGCUUACACUAUACUGGAUCUUCUUCCGUAUUAAGGAGUCUCUGGGCCCGAAUCGGCACCAAUGCAAAACUCUACAAGACCUUUCCUCGUGUGGUUGGCGAGAGUGGUGGCAAGAACUUUCAUCUGGUCCAUAAUUCCUGCAGAGACGAUGUUGACUGGCUCGCGUCAUCGGCAGUUCGCUCAGCUUACGAGUUUCAGGGACAAAAAUGCAGUGCUCUGUCCCGCCUAUUUGUGCCUAAGACUAUGUGGGAACAAGGCGAUUUGAAGACUGCGUUACUGAGAGAGGCAGCCAAGAUGACGCAUGGAGAUGAUGUCAAGCAGCUCCACCAUCCCCUUGGGCCAAUUAUCUCCAAGGCAGCCUUUGAUCGGUUCGGUUAUUUUAUAGAUCAGGCUCAGAAAGAUGGCCACAAGUUGAUUUAUGGCGGGAUUCAAAAUGGGUCCAAAGGGCUGUUCAUCAAACCAGCAAUCUUCGAGGUUAACCCUGCCGACAUGACGGGUCAGAGUGAUCUGAUGACCAAGGAGCUGUUUGGUCCCAUGUUCGCCGUUCAGACAUAUGACGACGCAUCGCCUACUGGUUUUGAGGACGUUUGCGAUUUGAUUGAUACCACAACUGAGUAUGGGUUAGCAGGGGCCGUGUUCGCACGCGACAGAGAUGCCAUCAAGCUCUCGAGCGAGAAACUGAGGGACUCUGUCGGUAUGUUUGUCAUUAACGACAAAUGCACAGGUGCCGUAAUUGGCGCGCAUCCUUUUGGAGGCGCGAGGUCCAGUGGCACAAACGAUAAAGCUAAUUCGGUGAAUGUGCUUUUGAGGUUCUCGAGUAUUCGAUGUAUCAAGGAGUCUUUUGAGUGUAGUAGCACUACACUUAGCCCUUGCCAUAUUCUAGAGUAA